AUGUACGACGACUCCUGGUACAGCUUCGUGCCAGAUGUGGCCAAGAAAGCCGCAUCGGCCGCCCAGGGAACCACUCACCGCCGCAAAGAGUCGCUGUUGCAGCAGUCCAACGGCAUUCCACUAGCAUCCAGUGCACCACAAGCUCUUGACGAGAUCUUUGAAGGGAUCGAGGAUCGCAACACCCCUCCCGAGGCGACUGUGCUCCGCCGCGCGAGCUCAUACUCUGAUUUCUACCACGUUGUCCGAGCUCAACUGGCAAAGGAUGAGCACAAGAAGAAGCGCAGGCGGAGGAGGGACAAGACAUGGGACGCGCUGGACAUUGCGGCCGACAUUCCUGACUCCAAGGCGGGCCCUCAUCACGUCCUCGGCCUGUACGGCGAGGAGCUGCUCGAGGCCAGUCAGCAGGAGUAUUUGCUCUAUAAAGACCAACUUACGCUCACCGAACGACAUCUCAAUACACUCAUUGACGACACAGACGAAGCGCUGAAGCUCUUGACCACGCUAUCCGAGUCGUUCCAGUCCGUGGAGGCGCAGACGAGCUCGUUCCAGUCUCGGUGUGAGGAUCUCUUGUCUGAGCAGCAUCGACUCGAGAAGCUGGCGGACGAAGUCGGCACCGAUCUUCAUUUUUAUGCAUACCUCGAUAAUGUAUCUAGGCGGCUCAAUGCUCCUGGUGCCGGGCGGCUUGUUGACGAUGACUCCUUUGCCGAGAUUCUGAGAAACCUGGACUCUUGUAUAGGCUUCAUGUCGCAACACACCGAUUACCGCGAUGCCGAGUCGUACCUUGCUCGUUACGAAGCCCUGCUCACAAAGGCACUUCAUCUUCUCGAGGUUGGCUUCACCAAUCGCUUGGAUACCAUAUCAUCCGAGAUCUCCGGCCAGAUUGUGGGAACAAAGUCAGAGGCCACUCGUCAUGCGGUAGCGUACGGUCGUUUUGAAGAGAUGGUCCUCGACUCGUACUCCCUCAUCCCCAAUAUUCACAAGGUAGUCAGCAGCGUGUAUGAUCAAUACGGCCUUCCAAUCACCGGCAUUGCCAAGGACAUCUACUCCAACACCACAAGCAACCUCUUCAGCUCUUAUUUCGGCGUCCGAGACCGUGACUUGAAGCCUAUCGUGCAGCAUGAUCAAGACGAGUUCAGAAAGGAGGUCAAGGACCUAUCUGUUGAGACAGCCUCGAGGAACUAUAUCAAGCAGAGCUUUGAACGCGCUUUCAACGAGGCCAACCUGUUUGUCAAGGUAUUCGGUCUGGAUCUGCAGUGGAGCUCUGAUCCAAACUCAGCCUACGGAGUCCUCAAGUCUAACCAGAGGUCUCUCGUCAAUCCGGUAAACCUUGUGCAGAUAGCCGCCAACCUGCAGUCUGCGUUACAAACAGCAGACUUGGACACCAUCUGCAGUGUUGUGGGGUGGCUGACCAACGAGUACCUGGUCCUGGACUACGACGAUGAGGAAUCGCCGUUCGCCCGCCAGUGCCGGGAGCUCAGCGCCAGGCUGCUUGCCGAGCAUCUCUGGGUCUUCACAGAUAGUGCGUUCGAGGCAGAGAUCACGAAGACGGUCUCGAAGGCUGUUGUCAAGGAUGAAGCCCUCACAAUUGAGCCUGUUGUUAAUGGCGUCUCUUCCUCGAACGCCUUGCCCCCUGUCAAGCAGGCACUCAAUCUUCUUUCCAAAUACGACCAAGCCAUGCCCAAGGAACGAAGCCAAAAGAACAGUCAAGUCAUCUUCAAGAUCGUGCGGGAAACCAUUCAGGUCCUGCAGCGUGCAGAGGCCCGUAUGAAGUCUAUCAGAGCCGGCACGGAUGCUGAUUUGUUCAUGGUCAAGAAUCUGCUCAUCAUCAAGAACGAGCUUGUUUCCCUCGAAAUCGGCGACAUCCGCGGUGACGCCGCAGCCAUGCAACACUUCGGUCACAUCUGGGACAACCUGAGUCCCCAGAGCUGGGUGGGUUUCGUCAGCAACAUCAUUGGCGGUUCCAUCUGGUCGCGCGGCACGCCGCAGCAGCCAUCCGUCACGGCCAAGACACUGACGGUCGAGGACAUGAGCGAGCAGCUGGACGAGCUGCUGAGGCAGUCCAUCGUGGCCUUCACCCAGCGCUGGGGAAAGCUGGUAAACGACGCCAGCGCCCGGAAGACGGGUGUGAAGCCAAUCGGCAAGGUCGAGAAGGAGCUAGACGAGGUGCUGCAGCGGGCCUUCAGCAAUCAGCCCGAGGUUAUUCUAAAGUUGAAGGAGGCUAUCCAGAUCAACGCGCAAGCGCAAGAGGCGGCGCAAGAGGAAAAGAAGGGAAUCAGGCGGUACUAG